CCUAGCUUCUCGAUUCAACUCUGCGCGAGACGAAUUCUCUCCCGAAUUCGCUCGCCGAAAGCACCUGCUACCUCGCGCCCGCCUUCCGUCGCGCGGAUUCGGUGCCGUGCGUGGAGAUGGACCCGAUGGACAUCGUGGGGAAGUCUAAGGAGGACGUUUCCCUCCCCAAAUCAACAAUGGUUAAGAUAAUUAAGGAGAUGCUUCCUCCUGAUGUACGAGUGGCAAGAGAUGCACAGGAUCUUCUUGUUGAAUGCUGCGUAGAGUUCAUCAAUCUCCUUUCGUCUGAAUCCAAUGAAGUGUGCAGCAGAGAAGAGAAGAAAACAAUUGCUCCUGAGCAUGUUAUCAAGGCUCUAAGUGAUCUUGGCUUCAGAGAGUACAUUGAGGAGGUUUAUGCUGCGUAUGAACAGCACAAACUCGAGACUCUGGAUUCUCCAAAAGCUGGCAAGUUCACUAGGAUUGAGAUGACAGAGGAAGAAGCUGUUGCUGAGCAACAAAGGAUGUUUGCUGAGGCUCGAGCAAGGAUGAAUAACGGAGCCCCCAAGCCAAAGGAGCCAGAACAAGAACCGCCACAGCUACCACAAGCACAACCCCAACUUCAGCUGCAUACUGAACCACAGCAACCCAUGCAAUCUCAAGUUCAGUUGCAUUCGCAAACACAACACUACCUCCAACCUCAACUGCAGCUCCACCAUCAGCCACAACAGCUCCCACAAGUGCAGCUGCACUCUCAGCCGCAGCUGCAACCCCAAGUGCAUCUGCACCCUCAGCCGCAGUUGCCCCCACAAUUGCAGGUCCAUCAGCAGCUGCAGCAACCCCCACAAGUGCAGGUCCACCAGCAGCCCGAAGUGCAGCCCCAAGAAGCGCAGUUGCAAUCAUCAGCCCAGCAAACCUCCCAACCGCAACCUCAGGCACAACUACAAUCACAGGGGCACUCACAAGCGCAGCUGCAAGCCGGACUGCUGGGUCAGUUGCAGACACAGGCGCAAACCGGACCUGACAUGGAUAGUUAGAGACUAUUGUGUAGCCUGAGUAUAAGCAAAAAAGGGAAAAAAAACCAGGCACUUUUGCUGCAUCUACUAGAAACCUGUAUGCCUGCUUGUGACUCAUUAGAUCCUGAUUUAGGUUUCCGUGCUUCCUGUAGAAUGUAAAUGCAGUGUGAUUGCAGUUGCCUUGUUGCUAAUAAUGCGAAGCCGUUAGUUACUGAUGAUGUCAUUAUUGUGUGGAAUACUGAAUUCGUGACAAGUGUCAUGGCAUGGUUUUAUGUGACGUGCUGAAAGAUAUUCCGUUGCCAUUGUAAUAGCCGAACUUCGACAUUUGUCCAUGGUGAUAGCGACUGAUUUGAAUG